CUGCGGCGGCGGCGGCGGGUGCAGAGCUUGCCCGUUUCAAAGAUGGCGCCGGCGCGGCUUCAUCCGCGCUGCCUUGCCUGCGCGAAGCCCCGCCUCCCCGCUCCCUCUUGCCAGGCCCAGACAUGGCGGCCAUGAGCCUCCUUCUCAGAGCAGCGGCGUCUCUGGCAGCCCGACGGGCCUCUCCGGCCUCGGCGCUCUGGGGACGCUCCCCGCUCCCAGGAAGGGCCCCUGGCCGGCUGGGACCCAGCGCCCCCGUGCGCCAUGGCGGUGGAGGCGGAGGUGGGAAAAGGAUGUUUAUCAUCGACACAACAAAAUUUUACGAUUCACGGUUCCUGUCUUUGCUGCGGUUCUAUAUUUUGUUAACUGGAAUACCAGUAGCUGCACUUGUAACAUUUGUUAAUAUCUUUAUUGGUGAAGCUGAAUUGGCUGAGAUUCCAGAAGGUUAUGUACCAGAGCACUGGGAAUAUUAUUCUCAUCCCAUAACUAGGUGGAUUGCUUGCUAUAUCCUUGAUCCCCCUGAGAAGGAUUAUGAAAAGGGAAUGGCUUUGGUUCACAUUGAAGCAGAGAAACUUGAUUUAAGGAGGAAAGUAAAGGAAGCCCGCCGGCUCAUGCGAGAAAGAGGGGAUGGACCAUGGUUUCAUUAUGAAACCAUUGGCACAGAUAUGAUUGAUUAUUCUCCUAAAUCAACACCUGACAACUAAGUUCGUCUCUUGUCCUAAGUGUGAAUCUGCAGAAAGCAUCCGAAUUAUGUAAUAUAUAUAUAUAUAUAUUAUAAAAAAAAACUCCAAUAAAUACUUCUGAUUCAGUAA